GCUAACGUGCAUCAAGCAAAGGAGGACACAAAAAAGGCUUGUGCCCGUCCUGGGUCAUCCCAGGUCCUGGUUCUGCUCAUCCUGUCCGUCUUGGGUGCUCUCAGAUCCUGAUCCUGCUCAAGUCUGUACCUGGCUGUUUCAGGUUUCGGUUCUCAUUGUGACUGGUGGCCACUCCUCAAGGUUGCUUAGGCUAAUGGCUUUGGACUAUAGUUGCCCAGCCACAUACCCCCUGUCCCCUCUUGGCCACACUCAGCACACAUACUGUGGUCAAACACUAUAACUGAGUUUCCACAUACACCUGACCUGGCCCCAGAAGUGGGGCCCUCAGGAGUUGCCUACCUUCUUGAGAGUUCUUUCCUGGGAGCCUGCCAGAUGACUUCUCUACACAUUACUAUGGCCCACACUGCUGCCCAGUGCCCACUGCUUCCUGCUUGCCUCCCCUAGACUGCCCAUGCCACAAGCUUCUGCUCCCAUGGGAUCCAUGUAUUCUUCAGAACCAGGACACAAGCUCAAGGUUUAUCCCAGUGCCUCACUUAUUGCCCCUGUAGGUGCUCAGUGCAUACGUAGAGUAAAUCCAUUGGGGCAGGGGGGUGGGGGUGAAGCUGUCUAUUUGCGUUCCUAUCUGAAAGUACCAGGGACUGGGUAAGAAAAACCACAGGACCCUGGGUGUCUGUUUUUCCCUCACUGAACCUGUAGCUGGAGUGGCCCCCCAAACCGUGGCAGAGUAAUUCCCACAAAGGAGUGGCCUCAAAUUUCCCAAGAUAGGGUUGGUUGGGAUUUGUAAGAAAGAAGCGCUAACUGCCAGGGUGAUGGGUCCACAGCAUUUAUUAGGAAACUGGUUAUAGAGGGCUGCAGUUUAUCUUCACAAGGGGCAGCAAGAGGUGGGGAUAGGACUGGGGCUGUAGCUCAGUGGCAGAGUGCUCGCCUAGCACGUGAGAGACUGGGUUCCGUCAGCACCGCAUAAAAAAGUAAAGGCAUGCUGUCCUUCAACUACAAAAAAGCGAGGCAGGAUGUCUGCAACAGGGCUGUGGUGUGCAGUUACACAGGCACGCAGUGUUAGGGGAACUGCUUCAACCAGAGCCGCUUCCUUCGGGGUUUGGGCAACACCCUCAACACUGACGGAACUUUGCGCCUGGGGUCCGUUCGGUUAGGGGCGCCCCCACGCGCCGUGGGCGGGCUUGGGCGCAGUCACCGCCGCCACCGGAGCUCGUGGGACACUCUGGGUCCUAGUGUAGUGUACACAGUGGCUUUCUUGAUGACGGCUGUCGCACAGGCACUGAGUUCGGGUCCGUCCAGCCUCUACACAGGGCGCUCCGGGCCCGGCGGCCGUGAAGGCAGUGCGCAGGCGCGCGAGGCGAGAGGGCAAGAAAACUCGCAAGCGAGCGGAGCGGGAUUGAGGCUGUGCGGAACUCAUGCUCAGUGAACGACGCAGUGGGCAGGCGCGCGUGGCCGAGUGGGCGUGGCGGCGAUUCCGCAAACUGGGACGAGAUUCGUGGUAGGGCGGAGUGGAGACGGCCCGGGUGAUGCAUUGCGCAGGCGCAUGCGGCGGCAGGGGCGUGACGUCACGGCGCGCGUCGGGAUCGGCAGAGUAGUCCGGUCUGGUGUUCUGCUGCCCCUGCGCCAGGCACGAUGUUCGGCUCCAGCCGUGGGGGCGUACGCGGCGGACAGGACCAGUUCAACUGGGAGGACGUGAAGACCGACAAGCAGAGGGAGAACUACUUGGGCAACUCGCUGAUGGCGCCCGUGGGCCGCUGGCAGAAGGGCCGCGACCUCACCUGGUACGCCAAGGAUCGUGCACCGCGCGAAGGACCAAGCCGUGAGGAGGAGCUGGCGGCCGUGCGAGAGGCGGAGCGCGAGGCGCUGCUCGCCGCCCUUGGCUACAAGAACGUGAGGAAACAGCCCACAGGCCUGAGCAAGGAGGACUUCGUGGAGAUCUGCAAGCGGGAGGGAGGCGACCCCGAGGAGAAGGGUGUGGACCGGCUGCUGGGGCUGGGCAGCGCCAGUGGUUCCGCCGGCCGCGUGGCACUGUCCCGGGAGGACAAGGAGGCUGCCAAGCUGGGGCUGUCAGUGUUCACGCAUCACCGCGUGGACAGCAGCAGCCCGGGCACCUGUCCAGCUUCCAAGAGGAGGCCACGCGCGGAGGAGGAGGCUGAGCCGAGCACCGAGAGCCACAAGAAAAGCAAGAAGGAGAAGAAGAAAAAGAAAAAGAAAAAACAUAAGAAACAGAAGAUGAAGAAAGACAAGGAGUCCAAGAAAGAGGCUGAUGCCUCUUCCUCAUCCCCUUCUCCUGUUCGAUCUGGGCGCCAGAGGCAUGAUUCUGACUCCUCUUCCCCUUGCUGCAAGAGGAGGAAGCGGGGACAUAGCAGGGACAGUGGAAGGAACCCAUCCUACAGACGCCAGGACCGAGGCUCUGAUGCUUGAGACUGCAGCUGGGUCAGUGGAGGCCAGAGCCUUGGACCCUGCCCACCACUGUACCUUGUGGGGCAUGAGAGGACGACUGGACCCUAUGUGUUCUGGGUGCCAGCUCGCUCCUCCCACCCUGUUGGCCUGCUGGACCACCCAGGGAAAGGCCUCCUGUCUGGGUUGAGGCAAAGGCUGUGUACUGUGCCUGCUGGGCCAUGUGAGCUGGCUGGCCAACUCAAGAGGAACCUGCUUUGUGGAGACCCUCCAGAUUCCUGUGAAGGGAGUCCGUAGAACUCAGCGGGUUCUGGGACAACCAUCCCUGGUCUUGUCUGCUGCCAGACAAGAUCUGCACCUGUCUAAGAGCCUUUUGCAGACUAGACUCCUGUGUAGCCAUCCAGGACCAUCAGAGGUUUAGCUAAAACCAAGUGUGGUUAUCUCUAUUCCUUUUUGUAUGGACUCACUCUUUGUACUUUAAUAAAUACCUUAAAACAUAA